GGCGGCGGCCACACUGCCUCCUGAACAAAGCCGCCGAAGAAGCGGAGUAGUCGGAACCACCCAGCAGGAAUCAGCGCAAGCUCAGAAGCCCCGCGCUCUGCUCUCCCGGACAGGGAGCGCAAGAGUUCACUACUAUGGAUAUGACAGCUGUCCCCAGUUAAGCUUUGACCAGCGUUUCGGGACCCGAUAACGGAACCGCAGGUCAGAAGGCUGUCAUUUGUGCGAUCUGUCUUGAUAAGGUCUUUCUGUCAUGGGAACACUCACUUCCUCUGAACCAGUUCAGUCCUGUCUGCAUGACUCCAGGGACUGAGAAAAAUUUACCAAGCAUCUGUCCUUUGAGAAGACAGCAGAAAACGAUGAAAUCCCAGGAGUUAGUAUCAUUCAAGGAUGUGGCUGUGGAUUUCACCCAGGAGGAGUGGCAGCAACUGGACCCUGCUCAGCGGACCCUGUACAGGGACGUGAUGCUGGAGAACUACAGCCACCUGGUCUCCAUGGGGCAUCCAGUUUCCAAACCAGAUGUCAUCUCCAAGUUGGAACAAGGAGAAGAUCCAUGGAUCAUAAAGACAGACAUAUCAAAUUGGCUUUUUCCAGACAGGAAGCAUCACCUUGACCACCCCCAGUCAUGUGUUUUGGGGUCUUUUUCCUUCCAUAAUAAGACACUGAAAGGUGUCACAAAGGAUGGUUCUUUGUGCUCCAUUUUGAAAGUAUGUCCAGGUGAUGGCCAAUGGCAGAGAGGUCCAGAAAACCAAGACAGACUUUUCAGUCAAGUUACAGUUAUCAGUAACAGGACAGUGACUGUGGAGUCAGGCCAUAAAUAUAAUGCAUUGGGGACAAUGUUUGAAGAGUUCAUAGAGCCAGAUACUUCAAGACAAAUACCCUGUAACUAUGAUGCAUUUAAAAUGUACUUGAAAUCUAAUACUGACCUACCUCAUUCUGAUAAGACUAGUUCAAGAAAAACCCCUGGUGAGAGUUUUGGAUGUGGAAAAUCAUUUAGCCAUGAUGUGUCCAGUUCUGAUAUUGAGAAAAUUCAAACUGGAGUAAUACCCUGUGAUGAUAAUCAGUGUGGAAACCUUUUCAUCAAUAAACGAUCCCUUAUUCAUUAUAAGGAUACUGCAACUAAAGAGAAGACCUGUAUAUGUAUUACAUGUGGAAAAGGCUUUGCUAAGAAGUUACAGCUUAUUGUACAUCAACGAAUUCAUAGUGGAGAGAAACCUUAUGAUUGUAGUGCAUGUGGGAAAGCCUUCAGUGAGAAAUUUCACCUCAUUGUCCAUCAGAGAACUCAUACUGGGGAGAAGCCUUAUGAAUGUUCUGAAUGUGGAAAAGCCUUCUCUCAGAAAUCAUCCCUCAUUAUACAUCGGAGAGUUCACACGGGGGAGAAACCAUAUGCAUGUACCGACUGUGGGAAAGCCUUCUCCCAGAAAUCACCCCUCAUUAUACAUCAGAGGAUCCACACUGGGGAGAAGCCUUACGAAUGCAGAGAGUGCGGGAAGGCCUUCUCCCAGAAGUCACAACUAAUCAUCCACCACAGGACUCACACUGGAGAGAAGCCAUAUGAGUGUGCCGAAUGCGGGAAAGCCUUCUGUGAGAAGUCCCACCUCAUCAUACACAACAGGAUCCACACUGGAGAGAAACCCUACAAGUGUGCGCAGUGUGUGGAGGCCUUCAGCAGGAAGACAGAACUCAUCACACAUCAGUUAGUUCACACUGGGGAGAAACCUUACGCAUGUCCCGAAUGCGGGAAGGCCUUCUCCCGCAAGUCACAGCUCAUCAUACAUCAGAGAACACACACUGGAGAGAAACCCUACAGGUGCAGUGAGUGUGGAAAGGCCUUCUGUCAGAAGUCACAUCUCAUUGGGCACCAGAGAAUUCACACAGGGGAAAAGCCUUAUGUGUGCACUGAAUGUGGGAAAGCCUUCUCUCAGAAGUCCCACCUGCCAGGACACCAGCGCAUUCAUACUGGAGAGAAGCCUUACAUAUGUGCUGAGUGUGGAAAGGCUUUUUCCCAGAAAUCAGACCUCGUUUUACAUCAGAGAAUUCACACCGGGGAAAGACCCUAUAGGUGCAAUGCGUGUGGGAAAGCCUUCAUCCAGAAGUCCCAGCUCACCGUGCACCAGAGAAUUCACAACAGUGGCAAAACCAUAAUGAACUGAGUGCAGAAAAACCUUCAGUAUUAGCUCAAGCCUUAAUAAAUACUAGAAUCCUGAGUAAUUUGAUAAGGUUGUGGAAAGCAUAUUAUAUGUAAAAUUUUACAAGAGAGUUCAUAUCUAUAGC